AUGUCUCGCCCUCGCGCCAAUUCUUCUCCUCGUCGAGCCCGCUUCGAGGAGGACGGGGCGCCCGCGGGUAUCGAUCAUGAGCUCAUGAGAGCGGCUUUCGAAUCGCAAGCUUCUGUUCAAGCAGGCUUGCAACAGCCCAACAGCCACGCCUCUGCCCAUGAACAGCAAAACUCGCAGCCACCUCCUCCGCAGUCCAGCUCUCCCUUUAUGCCAGGCUACUCUGUGUGCGCGACCAACGAUGCCCAGCGGUCUCAACUCUCGGCGUUGGCUGAAGCGGUCAGCCCUCUGGAGCGCAGCCCUGAUCCCGCUUCCACGUCUUCUGCCACCGGUGCUCCUCAAGGCAAGCCCAGUACACCCAAACGGGCUGGCUUUGCCGAAGUUUCCAAGCCAAGCGAAGAUUCGGAUGGUGAUGACGAUGAGAGUGGUGAAGAAUUUAUCGAGCCUCUCCGCACCUUGUCAACAUGCAAAGGCAGACGUGGCACUUCUGCCUUCAUUCCCGACUUGCCAUCCGACGGCAACGAAGACUAUGUCCGCGCGCCUGCGCCUGCGCCUCAGAAAUACGCUGCUGCUGGUCAUUCGACUCAACAAGCAGCUCGCCCGCAGUACGAUGGUCGUCCACCUCUGGCACUACCGCGCAACGGUGCUUCAGGCCAACAGAAACCUCGGCCACCGCCCAUGAACCUUCCGCAAAGGCCAGCACCCACCGCUCACUCGCCCUACGUCGCUCAGCACGGCUUCACUUCGCGUCCCGUCAGCGGUGUGUAUGAUGCCAACGCGCAGAGUCAGAUGCCAUCGUUUAGCGGCACUCUGCCCUGGGGUGGGCCUCAACCGCUGCCGUCACCAGGAGCUCAGAUCCAGCAUUACGACCCCUACUCGUCUCCGUCCAUGGUGCAGCCCUUCUCCCCACGAGUAACGUCGUCAGGCAGCAUCAGAUCGCCAGCACUCAAGCCCGCCCUCGUUCGUAGAGACCAGAGCGUGGAGAACUUUGCUAUACACGACUCGGGAGAUCCGAUGGAGCGAGGAGCUGUCCGGGCCGUUGAGCCCGAAGCAACUCGAAGGCCGUACGGCAUUACGCAGGCGCUUGUCGGCUUGUAUGGCGCCGCGACUGCUUCCGGGGAUGGCACCGAAGGACUGGGCGUCAGAAUGCCAAACGUGAGGAGGCGCAGCAGUGCAAGUCUCGGGGGUGACACUUUGAAUGGUGUGGAAGGAACCAUCAAGGGCAAAGGCACCAGCAGUCCAGGCGAGCCAGCCGAAAAGGAGGCUGAACUAGCGUACAAGGCCCCUUCCAACGUACCAUCGCUUGCUCGGCGUCGACAAAGCAUGGCUUUCACGCUAGGCGAAGACGACGUAGAAAUGGAUCCUGAUGAUCCUCGUCUUACGCACGUCAUCCGCAAGAGCAUGCAAGCGAAGAGGCAGAGAGAAGCAGAGACCGACUAUCGACGGGCAAGCUGGUCUUCCGAGAUGGGCGAUCCUGACGUUCCCGUGCGUCGUCGGCAGGCGCCUCGACGUCGUUCGAGCAUGGGAGCCAUCAAGAACUUUGUGUCUGGCCGCAACAGCGAAGAUCAGGACGACAAGUACACGGCCACCCGUCGGAAGAGCUUCGAUAGACGGAAGAGCACCACGACAAUCACAGCCAAUGUCGCUCACGUCGUCUUCCGACAAAAGUUCAUCCUAAAGUUGGCCAAAGCUCUCAUGCUCUUUGGCGCUCCUUCGCACCGUAUCGAGUCUCAGCUCAACGCUACUGCAAACGUGCUCGAAGUGGACGCUCAAUUCAUCCACUUUCCGGGUAUCGUCAUUGCUUCUUUUGGAGAUGUCGACAAGCACACCAGCGAGACGCACUUCGUCAAGUCCAAGUCUGAUCUUUCUCUGGGAGCGCUGCACGACGUACAUCAAAUCUAUCGCAAGGUAGUUCACGACGACAUUGGAGUGCAGGAGGGCACAGAGGAACUCAACGCGCUUCUCAAAGCUGAAGCUUGCUGGGGAGAAUGGGCGCGAAUUGGCUUUGCAGCUGUUCGUUGUUGGCUCAUGGCUCCCAUGUCCUUUGGAGGCUCUUUCAUCGACGCGUUCGCGGCUGCUGCUUUUGGAGCCGGUCUCACAUUCCUUCAGCUACGAGUCACUAGGAAGAACGCAAUGUACUCCAACGUCUUUGAGAUCUCCACGGCCAUCCUCAUCUCCUUCAUCGCCAGAGGACUGAGCACUACGGGCAUCUUUUGCUACCAGUCCAUCGCCUCGUCCGGUCUUAUCCUUGUCCUUCCUGGCUACGUCAUUCGUAAGUAGGAGCUUCGAGAUGUCUUGCUGCGCAGGAAUAGCUUUAACUCGUGAUCUGCCCAUCUCAUUGACAGUUUGCGGAUCGCUCGAAUUGGCUUCGAAGAACAUGAUUGCUGGAUCGGUGCGAAUGGUGUACGCCAUCAUCUACUCGCUCUUCCUUGGAUUUGGCAUCGCCAUCGGUUCAGACUUUUACUUUUUGCUCGAUCCAGCGGCACGCAACUCGAUGUACGUGCCGCUGGAAGCGUCGGUCAAGGUGGAUGGAACCUUUUCCCUUGCCAACGCCACGAUGCCGCUCUGGACUGGAACGUUCGAGUUCACCAAUGGAACGCAGAGGAAUGCGCUGACGACUGGGUCGAUCAAUUGCGAAAGAUUGCCAGACUGGCCUUGGUACAGACAACCCAUCUCGCCUUGGUUCAACUUCAUCUUUGUUCCCCUCUUUUCCCUCCUCUCGUGCUUCAACCUCUUGCAGCCGCUGAGGAGCUGGAACUUGCCAGUGAUGGUCUUUAUCGCUUGCGUGGGAUGGACAGCAAACAUGACGGCCAACCGCUUCGUCUUCAACCGUUCAGACGUAGUCAGCGCCAUUGGAUCCUUCAUCAUUGGUAUCCUGGGCAACGUCUACUCCAGAAUUUUCAGAGGAACAGCAUUCACGGCAACGGCAGUCGCCGUGCUCUUCCUCGUCCCUUCGGGCAUGGCCAUGGCUGGUGGUCUGGCCAUGACUUACAAGGGCUCCGAUGGCGAUCUCUACAGCAACGGUCUCACCAUCGGUCUCCGAAUGGUAUCCGUCGCUAUCGGUAUCACCGUCGGAUUGUUCGGCAGUGCACUCGUCGUCUACUCCUUUGGUAGACGCAAGGGUGGCGCUCUAUUCGCCUUCUGA